CAGUCCUCACGAUUGUGAACUCCGACGCCCAUCCUUAAAUACUAGGCAGAAGACAGUCUCGUACACACAAUGGCGUGCACCCAAACGAUCCGGCAUGCUCACCCUCCAGGAUGAACGACCGCACCGUUGCAGCUGCUGUUGUCGCCGACGCUGUGAUUUCAUCAACAAGCUCUAUGACGCACUCAUGGCAUUGAAUUAUUGUAACUAACUGAGACAUGCCGCCAGUUACUCAUUGCGAAAAGGAAGGUUAUUUUCGUUGGUAGGUAUUUGGCCCCCAACUGCGGACGCUGCGCCUUGCGCAAAUCCCCGGACUGGCAGGACGCCUGAGAAUACGCCCGAUCUGCAAGUCGUCUCAGAUAAGGCUGACUUCGCCCCGUCCGCUCAUGAUUUAUCUUCUUGGUAUGCAUCGCGUACCGCUUCGCUUCAGAAAUGAAGUCUACGACGCAAUUCUCUGCCGUUCGCCAGGACGUUGAUGACGAUGCGCGAAGGAGCGCUGACCUGCUUACCGUGGCUGACAACCACAGCGAUGCCAAGUCCGACGCGCCUCACGCAUGGCCUGAAAAAGAUCGCAGGACGACAUUCUACGAGAAAUGGUCACCCUUCCCUUGGCGAGUAACCGUUAUCUUACUGGCACUCCCUCUUGCGCUCGCCUGCAUUGUCGGCCUCGCUGCUGCGGCAGAAACGGUAUCGCAGGGCUACAUCAAGGGACGAGACUGUUACCCGAACGGCCUAUGGAAAGAAGCCACCGGAGCAACAUGGCGCAUCAUGGAUUCCUCCUACUUCUUUACACCGAACCUGAGUUUCGGCGCCCUCACCUUUACGCAGGUAAAGGUCAUCGACGUUGCCUGGGACUUGAUCAUUGGAAGAGGUGGCCAACUCUUACUGGCAUGGGCCAAUUAUCGCGUCUUCAACGAGUGGCUUGUAUAUCACAUGGAGAUGCAUCACACAUCGUACAAAUUAUACGCCGCUCUAGCCUUCGAGACAACAACAAUGGCUACGUUUGGUGUUUUAGGGAAAGAGUUCCUGGCUUAUGGGGCAGGCACUUGGAAGCGGUUUUUCCGUUGGCUGGCUAUCCUUUCGAUGCUGCUUUCCACCCUCUAUGUUAUCGCUUUUCCAACGCUAAUGGCAGCCAUGACGGGUUAUAUCACGACUUACAAACCUUACAUUGAAGAUAUCGAUGGUAAUCUCAUGGAAUGGAGCAAGGCCAAGGACGUGGCUUACAUCAUCGAGGACGCCGAUAGGGUGGGUUUGAAAGCACCCCUCGUUGUCACAGCGGAUGAUCAGCCGCUUAUUGAUGCCGUUCAUCAUUAUCGGAGUCAGUUCGGCAAUUGGAACGUGACAGGUUUCAUGACGCAAGGUUCAGACACUAAAGUACUAUUGGCUGAGGCCAUACCCACCCGCGGUUUUAACAUGACCAAUGGCAAUCCCAACUUGAAUAUCACGGCAGACUUUGUAUUUGACGGCGUGACGACGCCGACUUCUUACAGCCUCGCCAUCGCAACCUUCCCCAUCGAGAGCCUUGGACUAGACUCCGGCAAAAAGCUUAACGACUUUCUCCCACUCCAGUACGCCUUUGAGAAACGUCCAGAUGUGAAUCACUCUUACACUGGGUACUACCUGCUGGACCACGGAUCUUGUAAGCCUAGCGAGACGUACCAAUGGGGCUUCUCGUACAUAUUCCUCUUCAUGGUCUCGAUAUUCAACUUCAUCUGGGUCUGCAUCAUGGUCGGUAUGUGGCUCGAUACACGACGCGGAUCUAUGAUGUAUAGAAGUGGAAGGAGACCAGGGCUUUUGCGCAGCAUCAUGGAUUACUCGGCUGCGAUACGGGAGGAAUUGGGUAACGAGGCGGAUUGCCUAGAGGAGGAUGAGCUGAGGAAACGAUUGACGCAGAGUAGAGGGGCGCUGGUUGUAGAGAAGAGGGAGCUUAGGGUGACGAGGACGAGUACGGGGGAGAUGACGAAGAGAGGUUGGAAGCGGGGUCUAACGAGUGGGAGCACGUUUUAAGAUAGUGAAUACAAUAGCAUUGCUA